GUAUACAUGUAACAAUCAACGGUCGAAUGCAAAACAAUUAAAUGCAUUUUUCACAUGCUUAUGACUUAUAAUGAAAUCUAACGUCUCAGUAAUUUAGCAUAACGCAUAUUCACGUAAAAAAAAAAAAACGUUCUCAUUACAGGAUUUUCCCUGCUUGCUCACAACAAGCAGAUGUUGGAAAAAAGUUUGACCAGAGGGCAAAAUAAACAAUUGAAUUUUGGUUAACCCAGCUAAUAGAAUUAAGGCAGGAUGAAGCAGAGGCUGUCACAGGGCCGUGCUUUUAAAAGCCAGAGAGAGUCCUCAGCCAGCAGAACCGGACCAAGACGAGGACCAGCGGACAUCUACCAACCCCCGAAACCACAUCUCAGUCAAGAGAAGAGCAACCGACAGGUAUGCCAAAGAACCAGAGAUAAGAAGUGAAUAAAAAAAUCCAACGAGCGGCGAGAGAAUAGAAGCUCAAAGACGUCAAAGGGGCCUUCGAGGAGAACGCGACACGGGCGAUGCGUCUUCUGAACAAAGACCUUCGACUGCAGGACGUCACCCUCAUGUACCUCACCGUUUUGGCCGCUGUGGUGGUGCUCUUGGUGGCGUCCUACCAGGCUCCCGCGGUCCACUCCAGACCCGCCCUGGCCUACCACAUCCCCUUAGACCCCGCGGGCCAGAUGGAGCUGUCCUGGAACAUCAGCUAUCCCACGCAGGAGCUCUUUCUGGAGCUCAGAGUCAAAGAGCUCCAUCACGGCGUUCUGCUGGGCAUGUCUGACCGGGGAGAGCCCACGAACGCCGACCUGGUCCUCCUGUGGGAUGAUGGACACAAAUCCUAUUUUGGGGACGCUUGGAGUGACAAUGAAGGCAGAGUGAUGCUGGACGCUCAGCAGGACUACGAGCUGCUGGAGACUCAUCGGUCGACUGAAGGCUUCUUCCUGCUCUUCAAAAGACCAUUCAGCACCUGCGACCUGCACGACUAUGUCAUAGAGGAAGGUACCGUCCACAUCAUCUACGCCACGCUGGAGCGGCCCGUGCUUUCUUUGCACGAGCUCAACAUAUCCCGUCUCCUGCCCGGCGUCCAGCGAGUGCUGCUCCUGCGUCCAGACGCUCCGUCCACCGCUCUCCCGAGAGACGUCCGCACGCUGGAGGUCCUGGCCCCUGAAGUCAUCAUCCCCACGCAGGAGACCACUUACUGGUGCCACAUCUAUCAGCUCCCGCCGAACAUGCCCAAGAACCACAUUGUCAUGUACGAGUCUGUGAUCACUCCCGGAAAUGAAGCCAUCGUUCAUCACAUCGAAGUGUUCGAAUGCUCUCCUCAGAUGGACACCGUGCCUCAAUUCAGCGGCUCCUGCGAUUCAAAGAUGAAGCCCCGCAAGCUCAACUACUGCCGGCACGUUCUGGCUGCCUGGGCAAUGGGAGCCGAGCCGUUCUACUAUCCUGCCGAUGCUGGGUUGCCUCUUGGAGGAGAAGGUUCUUCCAGGUUCCUUCGGCUUGAAGUUCAUUACCACAACCCUCUCCUUAUAUCAGGACGGAGGGACACCUCGGGCAUUCGUUUGUGGUACACUCCAUCUCUGAGGAGGUUUGACGCAGGCAUCAUGGAGCUGGGGCUCGUCUACACUCCUGUCAUGGCCAUUCCUCCCCGCCAGCGCUCUUUCCAGCUGACUGGCUACUGCACCGCCAAAUGCACACAGACGGCUCUUCCUGAAGGCGGUAUACACAUCUUUGCGUCCCAGCUGCACACUCAUCUGGCUGGACUCGGCGUCAGGACCGUUCUGGUACGAGGAGGAAGAGAGCUGGAAGUGGUGCAGGAGGACAAACAUUUCAGCACUCAUUACCAGAUAAUCCGUGUUUUAAGGAAGAUGGUGACCGUUUUGCCAGGCGACGCUCUCGUCACCAAGUGCUCGUACAACACUGAAGACAGGAACAAAGUUACCCUGGGUGGUUUUGGGAUCAUGGAAGAAAUGUGUGUCAAUUACGUCCAUUAUUACCCCCGCACCCAGCUGGAGCUGUGCAAGAGCCACGUGGACACGGAUUACCUGCAGAAAUACUUCAGUCUCAUCAACAGGUUUCAAGGACGUGAGGGUUGCAGCUGUCCUGGGACCGCCGUGGAAGAGCAGUUCUCCUCGCUGUCCUGGGACGGCUUCAGCGGCGAGGUGCUGAACUCGCUCUACCUCACCUCCCCGAUCUCGAUGCACUGCAACCAAUCCACCGCGGAGCUCUUUCCUGGUGAAUGGGAGAAGCAGGAGAUCCCGGAGGUGACCGAGGAGCUCCGGAGAGCCCUGUACCCGUGUGAAGUAAACCGCCGGGCGUCCUCUCCGAACGCCAACCCUACAGAGGUCAGGUCUGAUGACCACAGGUUCAUCUGACUCCUCCGCCCGGAGCGAUCGCCUCACAUAAAUCACCCGACACUGUUUGUGUUCAGAGUAUUGUUACGUUACUUCACGCGGGACGGCGCAGUAUAUAAUGUCGGCGGCGGAAAUAGAACGUGAUCGUGCGGUGCUCGACGAAAACCAUCGACUUUUUAAAAAUAUAGCAAGCAAAACGGUAAGAAAUGAUGCAGUGCUAAACAUUUCAAACAGUAGCAUGCUAAAGGGCGUAUGACCUCAUUUAAUUCUUGCUUCCAAAUAAAAACGAUUAUUUUAAACCACUGUUCUGAAUAUUGUUUUGUGGCAUUAUUUACCGUCCUCCUUCCACGUUUCCCCAAAGCAUUACGCUGCACACUCUGACAAAAUAUCAAAGUAGUUUGCAUCCAAUUUCAAAGUUUGGGCUCGGUAAGAUUUUUGGAAAUAUACACAGUAUAUUUAAGUAUAUACACAGCACACAUAUAUUAAGCGAACUAAAUCUUAUGGGUGCGAUUAAUGUUUUAAACAUUGUGACAUUACUAUUAUUAUCAAUCCUUAAAAUUC